AUGUACAAACUUGAGUUUGUAGAGGAGUACACCAGUGCAUCAGUCGGUCUCUAUUUCCUCACAGGUAUAGAGGUCCGUGCCGUAGGCAAAAAGGUGUUGGAUGCAGUUCACGAGGCGACGAAAGAGGCUGGCUGGAUCAUCAGCGACUCAUUCGGAGAUGCUAGCGACGAGCUGCAGCAGUACGUGGACAGGGCGGAGAGGGUCCCCUUGCCGCGCCACGUGGUGGACGCCGAAAUUAAGAGGUUCAAACGUCUCGGCGCCUCCGCCGCCGUGGCAUUCAAGUCGAUCUUUGAUAAGUCGAUCGAGUCUUCCAGGAUCAGAGUAACAGCGCUCUCAGACCGGAUUUUCCUUUGGAAGAGCGAGGUGGAUCAGGCAUCGCAGGCAGCGCAAGACGCUUCGGCUGCCGCCGAAGCAGCCCAGCAGGCCAGCGCUGCAGCCACGACUGCCGGUCCCACCGAGGCUCCCACCGAAGCUCCCACCGAGGCUCCUACUGAGGCUCCCACCGAAGCUCCCACCCAGGCUCCAACCGAGGCUCCUACAGACGCUCCCACUGAAGCUCCUACCCAGCCACCCACCGAGGCUCCUACCCAGCCACCCACCGAAGCUCCUACCCUGGCUCCCACCGAAGCUCCCACCCAGCCUCCCACUGAAGCUCCCACCCAGCCCCCCACUGAAGCUCCUACCCAGCCCCCCACUGAAGCUCCUACCCAGCCCCCCACUGAAGCUCCUACCGAAGCUCCUACCCAGCCACCCACGGAAGCUCCUACCCAGGCUCCCACCGAAGCUCCUACCGAGCCCCCCACUGAAGCUCCUACCCAGGCUCCUACCGAAGCUCCUACCCAGCCACCCACUGAAGCUCCUACCCAGCCCUCCACCGAAGCUCCUACCCAGGCUCCUACUGAAGCUCCUACCCAGGCUCCUACCCAACCUCCCACCGAGGCUCCCACUGAAGCCCCUACCCAGGCUUCUACAGAGGCUCCUACUGUAGCUCCCACCGGAGCUUCCACCCAGGCUCCCAUUGAAGCUCCAACCCAGGCUCCUACUGGAGCUUCAACCCAGCCUCCCACUGAAGCUCCUACCCAGGCUCCUACUGAUGCACUCACCGAAGCUCCAACCCCAGGUCCUGAUGACAGUCCUGUUAGAGAUCGGAAGAAGCGAUCAACAACGGCUGACCCCUUCGAUGCCGCCACUGCCGUCUUGGCUGAAGUUCUGGCGGAUUACUCGCAGUACGCUUCUUUCGCGAAGGCGUUUUCUGAUGACGUCAUUGAGGAUGCAUUCGACACGGCUGCUAAAACCGUCGACGACAUUGCGCGGUACCACGAUGACAGUACGUACAUCGAUGCCAUCACAAAGUUUGUGUCUGGACCGGAUCAAAUUUACGACGCCACUCAAGGCAAGCUGAAAAAGGUCGACCUGGCUGUCGCUGCUGCUAUUCGCAGCUUACACUCAUGAGAGACUUGGCUGCUGACCGAGGUUUUCUGGAAAAUGUCAACAGGCCACGUUGUCUGUGUCUCAGUUGUAAUAUCUUAUGACAAUAAAAAAACU